CGGGAGCCGCCGAGGCUGAAAACGAGUCACCUCGGUCCAUCACACUUUGGCUUAGUUAGCACCCCGGAGGUCAAAAGCGUUUUCUCACUAGGUUGUCGUACAUCGUGUGAUCCCGAUUCUUGAUGGAUUUCGUCCUCCAACCGCCGGUGCAUCGCGUUCUUUGUGCCGAUUGUGGGGAUGUAAUCGAGCCCAACUCCGCGAAUCUUUGCGUGAAUUGUUUGAGGAAUUCUGUAGAUAUUACAGAAGGCAUCCCAAAGCAAUCGUCAGUAAGCUACUGCAGGAACUGUGAACGAUAUUUGGCGCCACCCGCCACUUGGUCCGUUGUCCAGCUGGAGUCCCGCGAACUCCUUGCAAUAUGCCUAAAGAAGCUUAAGGGGCUAAAUAGGGUCCGGCUUAUUGAUGCUGGGUUCAUAUGGACUGAGCCGCAUUCAAAGCGCUUGCGAGUAAAACUGACAAUCCAGAAAGAAGUAUUCACAUCCACAAUCCUUCAACAAAUAUUUGAAGUGGAGUACAUUAUACAGUAUGGACAGUGUCCCGAUUGUUCGAAACUGGCUGCCAAGAACACUUGGAAGGCCCUAGUUCAAGUCCGCCAGAAAGUCAGCCACAAACGGACUUUCCUAUAUUUGGAACAGUUAAUCUUGAAACAUGGUGCGGACAAGGAUACCAUUUCGAUAAAAGAAGUGAAGGAUGGAUUGGAUUUCUACUUUUCUCAACGAAGCCACGCCAUCAAAAUGGUCGAUUUCCUCAGCGCUGUCGUGCCUAUUAGGCAGAAGAUUUCGGAACAGCUGUUGUCCGCAGACACACACUCAAAUACGGCGAACUUCAAGUUCACAUAUUCUGUGGAAAUAAUACCUAUUUGUCGUGAUGACCUCAUAUGUUUAACUCCCAAACAGGCACGAGGUUUUAGCAGCAUUAGUCCUCUCACGCUGUGUAGUCGGGUUGGGAAUUCUCUUCAUCUCAUUGAUCCGAGUACACUCUCUGUUGCAGAAGUGGCAUCGCCCGUAUACUGGCGGAACCCUUUCGAAUCCCUUGCCACUGUCUCUGAUCUUGUGGAGUUUACUAUCCUAGACAUAGAACUGUCUGGAACAGCGAAGGGUAAAUGGCUGCUCGCAGACGCUCAAGUCGCACCAGCUAGUGCCUUUCGAUCGGGCGGCGUUACAAAUGAUAUAGAUAUGGAUGAUAUCGGUGGAACGGAUGCGAUAUACCACACUCGUACACAUUUAGGGGCUAUUCUUCAUCCAGGCGAUUCAGCUCUCGGUUACUUCAUAUCUCGGAGCAAUUUCAACUCGGAUGCCUUCGAUGAGUUGGAUCCUGGUCGUAUUCCUGACAUCAUAUUAGUGAAAAAGAAAUACCAGCGUCGUAAAAGAAGGGGUCGCCCGCGUAACUGGAAACUCAAAUCCAUCGCCAAGGAGGCGGAGGAAAUUGAGGAAGGCACGAAAGGCUCUGGGCGUGGGGCAAUCGGGCGACGAGGGGGUCUUGAUCAAGCUCGCGUGGAGGCUGAUUAUGAGUUAUUCCUUCAAGAACUAGAGGAGGAUCCGGAGUUGCGUGGGGCUGUUAACUUGUACAAAGUCAGCAACAAGGACGCAAAAGCACCGGGCACCGAACACGAGGAAAAGGGCAAGGUUGCAUUUGCGAUGGACGUGGAGCCUACAUCAACACCAGCUGGUGCUGAUGAGGAAAGCGAGGCCGGAGAGGAUGAUGGUGACUUCCCAGAGAUAAAGAUGGAGGAGCUUUUGGACGAGUUUGAAGGGUUGGGCAUUACAGACGGAGACACAGCAGGCGAGUAAGUACUUCAGUUUCCCUGUUGUGCUCCGAUAGUGCAUUUUGUAAAUACAUCAUCUAUUUGGUUCGGUUGGUUCGAACAACCUAGCUUUCAUGCGCC